AUGCCGAAAGAUAAGAAAAAAGAGGAAAUCACCGAAAUCGAGCACGUCGAUAGAAAUAUUUCAUCAUUUUCCCAAAUUUCGCAUUUAAUUGAUGCUGAGACAAUCACCAGGCUCACAUUGUCGCAUAAUAAACUCACAGCAGUGCCGCCAAAUAUCGCUGACCUCAUCAAUCUUCACACGUUGACUCUUUGGAAUAAUCACAUUGAAGAGCUUCCAUCUUCGAUUUCUAGCCUUCCAAAAUUACGGAUUCUCAAUGUUGGAAUGAAUCGUCUUUCAAUUUUGCCACGUGGAUUCGGCUCUUUCCCAUGUUUGGAAGUUCUUGAUUUAACCUACAAUAAUUUGAGCGAGCGCUCGCUUCCUGGAAAUUUCUUCUUCAUGCAAACACUUCGCGCUCUUUAUUUGGGCGAUAAUGAUUUUGAGAUGUUGCCUGGAGACGUCGAGAAUCUUCAAAAUCUUCAAAUUCUCGUACUUCGCGAAAAUGAUUUGCUCACAAUUCCGCACGAGCUCGGAAAACUGAGUCGACUCCGCGAACUUCAUAUUCAGGGCAAUCGCUUAACAAUGAUCCCGCCCGAGUUGGGACAUUUGGAAUUGGUUGGACCAAAACAGACGCUUAGAUUGGAGCAUAAUCCGUGGAUUCCAAAUAUUCAAGACCAAUUUGAAGCCAACGGAGCGCCUGGCGUUUGGGCAUACAUUCGAAGCGACGAAUAUCGAUAUUUCUACGGUCGGCAAGAAAUUGCGAGCACACCGGUGCCGCCAAAACGAAACAAAGAGAAGAAAAUCUCGAGAAAAGGUGUUCAACAAGCAUAG